GAUCGCAGCGGGUAACCAUCACAGUAAGUUCCCAUGUUGCUGGCAGUACCUGAGUCUCGCGGAAUAUUCUAACGUUGAAGCAGAUGGGUCGUCUUCAGGAAUACCAGGUGAUCGGGCGCCAUCUGCCCACGGAGGCUAACCCGACUCCUGCGCUGUACCGCAUGCGCAUUUUCGCCCCGAACGAGGUCGUUGCCAAGUCCCGCUUCUGGUACUUUCUCCGCGGUCUCCGGAAGGUCAAGAAGGCCACCGGUGAGAUCGUCAGCGUCAAUGUGAUCUCCGAGAAGCACCCCCUGAAGGUCAAGAACUUCGGCAUCUGGAUCCGGUACGACUCGCGGUCAGGCACCCAUAACAUGUACAAGGAGUACCGUGAGACCUCGAGGACUGGUGCGGUCGAGGCCCUCUACGCCGACAUGGCUGCCCGCCACCGUGCGCGCUUCAGGUCCAUCCACAUCCUCCGUGUUGUCGAGUUGGAGAAGACCGACGAUAUCAAGCGCCCCUACAUCAAGCAGCUCGUCCAGAAGAAGCUCUCUUUCCCUCUGCCCCACCGUGUCCCCAAGAUCUCGAACAAGAAGAUUUUCAGCGCGACACGCCCGUCCACUUUUGCUUGAGGGGUUUCAUGGUUGUGGUUGGGGUUGGCAGGUUCUUCAGGUGUUCAUUAGGAAAAUGGGAUAUCCUGCAUUUGCUCCCUGAGACGAGCAUGAAAUGAAUAAAUGGUCAAGCACGGGUUUGCGUUUGUUUGCGGGCAAGUCUAUCGCUCUUGUUUUUGAUCCAUUGUGGUGCGUCCGGAAAUCAACAUGGCACAUCUUCAAUGCUCCUUUAAUCUUGACGAGGUACGAUUUCCCGAAGGUUACAGUGGAUGUUGAUACAGCAUUCGAUUCCAAGCCUUCCAGUAGACACGCGGGGUUUGGGGCCUCACUGGGAUAAUCGGAUCCUGUCUAUUCUGGUCGGGUCGGGUCAGCCCUCUCCGAACCUGCGAGUCGAGAUGACUCCGGUCAUGGAGACGGUGUGCACGCCCUGCAUAUUCUAUUCCAAAUGUGGAAGCUGGAUAUUACGGGGGCUCUGGUGGGAGAAGAUGCCCUGACUCAUUGACCGAACCCGCAUUACGCUC